UGAAGUUUAAAUCUCGUUUCACGAAAGCCUGUCAGAGUCUCCCUGGACACAACAAGUGCGUACGCUUUCCAAAAUAAUACACAAUAACACAAUAUAAACACGUUUCCGCAGAGAUGUCGAAGAAACAGAUUUACUACUCGGACAAAUACACCGAUGAGGAGUUCGAGUACAGGCACGUCCUGCUUCCAAAGCAGCUUGCCAGGCUGGUACUGACGUCACACCUAAUGUCCGAGGAUGAGUGGCGCAGCCUCGGGGUGCAGCAGAGCCAAGGAUGGGUACAUUACAUGAUCCACAAACCAGGUGUGCAACAGGAAACUCUUACACUCACAGAGAUCAAACUUGGACCUUUGUUACGAGAGGCUGUUCUGUAAAGGCUGGUCUGGAUGAUGGUUAUAGCGACCUACCUUUUCUGUGGCACUGCUGACAAACUGCACUGUGAUGUACCUGCAGAUUUUGCGCUGGGUUCAAUAUGGAACAUGUCUUGCUGUAGGCAAUCACCUUGCAUAGAGUAAACCCACAUCGCUUUGUCUUUUUUGAAUGCCAUCUGAGCUCAAGCGACUUCAGUGUGUAUUGCCAGAUCACUGCCCAAUCAGAGAUGGACAUAAGACUCCUAUUGAUCACCAUGGUCUGAGGUGUAAUAAGAGUCCAGAGGCAGCAGGACUUGAUUUCAUUGCAAAGUUUUAUUUGUGCUUUUAGUGUCUUAAGAAAGAAAUUUUGAUCUUGUUCAUUACCCUGGCUUGCUCGUAGUUCUUUGCUGAUCAGUUCAAAUUGAAAACGCACUCCUUCACAAAUAUCAGACGCACAAGACGACCAAUUUAUUCUUUCAUUGCUUUUACAGAACCCCAUGUGCUUCUCUUCAGACAGGCUCUCCCACAGAACUGAAGGCUUCCUUUUAAAACGGCAGGUUCUACAAUCUGAACUAAAACUUAUAUAUAGGGUACAUAUCUGAACAUGUGUGUCACCUGUUCUAUUAUUUAUAAACCCUAAAUAGUUGACCAAACUAGAAUGAAAUACUUUAAUUGCACAAGAACAAUUUGAAAAUCGACCAGGGUGAUGAAGAAACUGGAAAAGUAGUAAAGUAACUUUACUUCUAUUCUUUGAGUUUUUUUUUUGUUUGUUUUGUUUGUAAAAGUGUAUGUAAUGCAGCAGUCUGCAUGGUGAACGACUGCCAGUCCUUUCCUUUGGCUGAGGUCUGUCAGUAUUCCUGAACAGGUGUGUCCUCUAGUUGUUUAGAACACAGUUAACAUGGUUAGAUUAGUUUGUUCUGUAAUCCACUGUAUUCGGAAAGCACUAUAUUUAUUGUUGGGUCAUUCCACCAUAAUUCAUCAAGGAUGCCAAAGUGGUUGCAUAGCGCUAAAAAAAAAAAACCCUAAAAUGUUUAUUUUUUUGCCUAAUUGUUUGAACAUGAAGAGCAUUUCAAGUGUCAAACCAGACAGUUUUUGGUCUAAUUUAAACACUGGCAUUCAGAAGGAAGUCUCUGUCUGUGCUAAUCAUCCAUUGGUGAAGAGGGUUAGAAUGACUCCCUUGUUUUGUUUUUUUUAAGUAUGUUUUUAGAAAAUCUUAAAAAAAAAAAAAAAAAAAAAAGGGGGGUGGUGGAAUCCAGGAUCAAAAUCAGAUAUGUAGUUUUCCAGUGUCUUUGCAAUGGUACACACGCAUGCAAUACAGUGACAGUAAAUGUUCAAUGCAGUUUAAUUAAAUUGAUCUGAUUGGAUUGUCAAAGAAAGUGCGUACAACACACACUGUUACAUGUGCACUAAUGCACACUUGUAGGAUCAGAUUUUUGGAUGUGGUUUCCACACCCUCGGUUUUAAAUGCAACUUUUACAAAAGUUUUUUCCCCUGUAAGACCUGGAUCCCCGAUUCUCCUGAGGUUUCAUGUGUUGUAUUCUGUGAAUACUGUGCAGGAUUCUUUCAAUUAGUCGUAUCUCCUUCACUCUCCCAUAAUUUCAAUUGUUUUGACUACUGUGUUUUUUUUUCUUGAGCUGUACUGUAGUUUCACGUUUGUUUUGGUUUGUUGUUGUUGUUCCCCACAGUUCUGAUAUUUUCAAAUGGGUGGUCAAUGCUUUUCCACUAUAUUUGCAAUCUAAUGUCUAAACUGAAGUAUUUGCAUUGUGCUCUUCUGAAAGUUAGCUAAAAGGGGCAGCAAUGCUGCUUGAGUGCUAGCCUUUAGAUUGGAUUGAGCUCGAUGUGCACCCUAUUUGAAGUACAUAGUUGCAGAGAAUGAUUUCCGUGUGUGUGUGUGUGUGUAUAUAAUGUGCUUUUAAACACCUGUUUAACAUUUACUGUAAUAGAUACUUGUGUUAUUGUAUAUGUAUUGUUCUUGGUGUAUAAAUGUGCACGUUGAGAUCUGAUGCACUUCCAAGGCUCCUUGAACAAUAAAAUCGAUCUACACAAGCUGGAUGAAUAAUGGUUUGCUGUCCUUGAUCUUUUUUUGCAGCUGACUUGCUUAGCAGAAAAACUUGCAAGUACUAUGUUAGGUUUUGUGUAAACAGCAGAUGUGAAAGACAUGUUAAGAGGCCUGCUGCAGCACAUAGCCCCCCUCCCCCUGCAAUAUAAUCUGCCUUUUUGACAAUUAAAGCCUUUUUGACAUUGGAUUUUCAGCUGUUGCAUAUGGUCCGUUUUCACUGCCCGUCGUCGUUUUUCAGAACAUGGCUAAGGCCUGUUUGGUGGGCAUUAGAGGAUCCUUCACCAAAAUGACAUGGCAGAAUAUUGUGGUCAGCCUAAAGCAUGGAACCAAAAGAGGAAC